AUGGCUGACGUUGAGGAGUCACUGCUGGAACUACGGCGACUUAUCGCCAGAGCGCGAAGAGAGGGUGGUGGCGGUACUCAUGGCAAGGAGAAUGAUAACGAGACCCCAAAAGGUUGUCAGAUCAGCGUUAAGGAACUGGAGCGGCGGUUCGCUGGGCUGGAAGAAAAACUUUUCCGUGAGAAGGGUCUUCUGAGGGAACAGGCGCGGGAGCUACACCAGCGCGCUAAGCGACGAAAAAGACAACAACAACAACAACAACAACAAAAAUGUUUAGUUGGGCAAGAGCAAUGGGAAGAUGGAAGUGUCCCAGUGGGGACCAGUCAGAAUGCAUCGUACGAUAGAAUGGAUGUGGGAGCCGUGGAAACAGCAGCAACAGACACAAUGAGUUGUGAGCUCUCUUCGCAUCUCUCAAGCUCACUGAACGGCAGCCCUCCCCUGCAGCAAGAAGUAACGACUCGCGAUACACGGCGGCAUCAUGAUGGAAGCCACGUGGAGGAAGCAAAGGAGACCCCGCGUGAUGUGUACGGUGCGUCGUGCGUCACAGACCCCGACGCACACCUUCUUGUCGACAUCACGGAUGGAUCGACACGAAUAGAAGGUAUCGGUGUUGGUCCCUGUACAGGUAAUAAUGAAGAGGUGUUCUGCAGCAGCAGUUGUUCCUGUUUUGCUCCGUAUUAUUCCUUUGCACAUGCCUACGCGGAUGAUGACCGGCAGCGGCUUCUUUUCAUUGUGGAUCAAUUGUCCAAUAUAUUGAGAGAGGAGCGGCGUCAGAAGGAGAUUCUCCUGUCGCAUGUUGUGACACCAAUGGUACGGCACAUCGAAGUAUUGGAGCGGGAUCUUGUGCUUCAGCAGCGCGAGAUGACAGCACUGAAGCGGGAGUUUGAGUUGCUUGCGAAUCCCCGUCAUGUUUUCCGGUCAAAAAGUGUCAGGGAUGAGGAAAAGAUGGGUUUUGAUGAUAUCGGGGAGAAGAGUAACGAGGAAGAUCCAGUCUUGAUACUCCUGCAGUCCUGUGAGGAGCAACUUCUUCGGCUGACCGAGCAUAGAAGAAGGAGGAUGUGA